UUACUUGUGUUCCAGAGGCUGAGGGUUCUGUCGGGUCCAGGGAGUGUCAGAGCUCCUGCACUUCUCUGUCCCAGUAUCAGCCACUGUGUCCUGCCAGGUUUGUGGCACGGCUUCCCGUGGGUGUCUUGUGUUGGUUGUCCGAGGCCUCCUCUUCCCCCUACCUGACUCUUCCUCUCGAUUUUGCAGCUGGAGAAGCACAUCGUGCGUCUCCGGGAGGAGCUGGACCGGGAGCGGGAAGAGCGUAACUAUUUCCAGCUAGAGCGUGACAAGAUUCACACCUUCUGGGAGAUCACCCGGCGGCAGCUGGAGGAGAAGAGGGCAGAGCUGCGGAACAAGGACCGGGAGAUGGAGGAGGCGGAGGAGCGGCAUCAAGUGGAGAUCAAGGUUUACAAGCAGAAGGUGAAGCACUUGUUGUACGAACACCAGGAAAACCUCACCGAGCUGAAGGCGGAGGGCACCCUCUCCAUGAAGAGGGCCGAGGAGGAUCACUGGGCCCAGGAGAUGGAUCUGCGGAAGGAGAUGCGCUCCCUGAAAGUGGAGCUGAAGGAGCAGGAGCUGGCCAGCGAGGUGGUGGUGAAAAACACGCGCCUGGAACAAGAGCAGGAGAUCACCCGGCUGCGCAAGGACUUCGAGAGACAAGUGAAAGAGAUCGAGGCCAAGUACACCAAGAAGAUGAAAGCGCUGCGGGACGACCUUGACUUGCGGAGGAAGACCGAGAUCCACGAGGUGGAGGAGAGGAAGAACAGCCAGAUCGAUGAGCUGAUGAGGAACCACGAGAAGGCCUUCAGCGACAUCAAGAACUACUACAACGACAUCACCCUCAAAAACCUGGCGCUCAUCAACUUGCUGAAGGAGCAGACGGAGGAAAUGAAGAAGAGGGAAACUCACUUGGAAAAGGAGAAGGCGGAGGUGCUGCUCCAGAACAAGCAGCUGAAGGAGCCCCUGCAGCAGGCCCAGGAGCAGGUCUCAGAGCUGCAGAAGAAGCUGACCCACGCCGACAAGGACAGGGAGGCCCUGACGAACACAAAAGCGCGUCUGAAAGUCACCCAGAAAGAACUGAAGGAUCUCCAGUGGGAACAUGAAGUGCUGGAGCAGAGAUUCAGUAAGGUGCAGGCGGAGCGAGACGAGCUCUAUCAAAAGUUCACCAAAGCCAUUAACGAGGUGCAGCAGAAGACGGGCUUCAAGAACCUGCUCCUGGAGCGCAAGCUGAAAGGGCUCCUGGGCGUCCUGGAGAAGAAGGAGGCAGAGCUCAGCGAGGUCUUCGCAGCCUCCAACCUCGACCCGGGCGCCCUCUCCUUGGUCUCGCACAAGCUGGAGGACCUGCUCAAUUCCAAGAACGAAGCCAUCAAGGACCUGCAGCUCCAGCUGGCCCGAGUCUGCAAGGCGCACAACGACAUGCUGCGGACGUUUGAGGCAAAACUG